CCUCCACCUCCACCUCCUCAGUCUGUGUCACAGUAAUACUGGUGUCAGACUGAGUGAACACAUUCACCUCGUUCCUCCCUGACAGCAGGAGAGACAGCAAAGCAACAUGAGUCAACCUGGAGACAACUAUGGCAAAAACAUUCAGAAACACAGAGAUUCAAAUUUGCAGUACUUGUCAUGUGAACAACAGGAACAUCAACAGAGACAUGGGUUGUUUGACUGAUGAGGAACGAUUCAAAAAGAAUCUUGAAGUGACAAGAUCUGCUGUGCGACAAAAAGAUGAAGAAUGGAAAUCAAUCAAAGACAGUUUGGCUGAGAUGGAAGCAUUUUACAAAGUGAAACUUCGUGGAGAGGGUUUGGCUGAAAUGGAAACAUUUUACAAAGAGAAACUUGAAGAGGAAAGGUCUGCUCGAAAAGAAAUAGAGGAAGACUUCCUGUCAUUCAAAAACAGAGUGGCACCAGACCUGGCUCUGUCAAGAAGGGCAGGAAACACUGAAAACAUGAACAGCCCAGUCAGUGAAAGCAAACUGAAAAAGAUGUAUGACAAACUGAAACUACACCAGUGGCCUAAAAUCAAAGAUCAUCUGAAAUCUGAAGGAGCGAAAUUAGAGAAGGCCAGAGCUUAUAUUCAGAACCAGUUUAAAGAAGCAGCAGAUAAAAUGGAGAGAAAGAAGCAGCAGAUAAAUGAAGUGUUCAGACUGACUGAGAGUAGCAGUGGACCAACUCCUCAGAAGGUUGAAGAGUUGAGACAAUCAGUGAUACAGAGUCUUCAGCUGGCUGUUUACCACAGCAGGACAGAUGAUAAGACUCCUGUUCCUCAACAUGGAGAUCACUACCUCCAGAAAAUCAUGGAGAAGUUCGAACUUGAAUGCUACUGGUUGGGUUGCUUGAUGGCUUUAAACAAUCCUCCUCUUCAGCCGGACUGGGAGAAUCACAUUCCCGGGAUGGAUGAGUGGGACAUUUUCCCAAAGGAGAUCAGAGCUGUUUCUGCCUUUUAAAGGAUUCAAAGUCAUCAGUGAAGCACAGAAUCUGCUAACCUGUGUGGUUGUAUUUUCUGUUUCUUUUGUGUUCACUCUUUGGGUUAUUUUCAUUGAUCACUUUUCAGCCUUGUAAACAAGAAUCAUUUUGUUCAACUGAAAUUUUAAAUAUUUUUUAUUUCAACAAUUUAGAGAUGACUAAACAGUUAAAAAUAAAUAAAUAGCUUCCUGGCCACUGUAUUAGAUGCACCCAUACAAUCUCUCUUUAUCAAGCUUAAAAAGGACAUCUUUUGUUAAACUGUCUGUUUGAUGUUAAUUAAUCUACAGUAUAUCCUUAUUACUGAGGUCGUAGUCAGAGGUGUUGUUGUACUGAGCUGCUCUAUAUUGAAAAUAUGUUUCUAAUAUUCUUCCUCCAUCAUGUUUGUAAAUGGACAAAACAUCAGAAGCACCUCUCAGUAUAAAGUUGUUCAUUUCCUCACAGCUGUAACCUACAACCUCAGAGAUAAACAGAGAUGAACACCCCUCUGACAGAGACAGUUCAAAACUGAACAUCAUUAUCUUUGUAAAGGUUAAAUUUAAGGCUGAGCUGUUGGAUUGGAUUGCAUUAGAUUUCACAGGUGUCCCUACAAGGUGGCCACUGAGUGUGUAUAAUAAACACACUUAAUAAAGUGAUUUAAUAAGUAAAGAAACUGGUGCUACAGAAUAUUACUACUGUUGCUGGUUUUUGGGAUUUAUUCUAAACUUCCACCAGUGCCCAGAUAUUUUGGUUCAGCUUUAGCACUUUGAGGCUCAAGUGGUCUUAGUGUUGAUUAAUUUAGUCCAGGAGGUUUGUCACCAAGUUCUCCAUUGUUAUGAUAUCCAGACCACCAUCCCAGCUCUGAGGGUUAUGUACACUGUUGUAGUUUUACCUUGAAGGUGCUGAGUGAAACUAUAUCUGAUAAUUACAUUGUGUAUGGUUGGGGUUGUGCCUGGUAUAUCACAGGGUUGGGCUAUGAUAUUAUUUUGAUUACAUUUGUUUUACAAGAGCGUCCGGGUCAAGAUAAUUAACCAUGUCUGUAUGUGAUGCCUUGGGAGUAAUGUCAUGUUUUUAAAGACUUUUACUGAUGUUGUUGUAGUUUCCUGUAGCUGCCACUGGAUGUCUCCACUGAGUCGUAUUUCACUGACAACUCAUUUAAUCAAAGAGAGGAGCUCAUCUCUUGUCCUAGAGUGACACCUGAAGACUUGAUGAGGGAAUGGAGGAAGUUUAGACUAAACUAAAAAUUUAUUUUAGGUUUUUAUGGCAACAGCAACAAACCAGCUUCUCAGCUGUAAAGAGGUCAGUUUUUAAUAAUGUAAAGAUUGUUAAUAUAACUGUACAUUAAAAACUACACUUGCUGUUAUCUUACUCACAGUUUAUACAGGAGUACAUAUCAAAGACCAGCAGAUGUCACUAUGUUAACUGUGAAGGCAGCUUUUUCACAGGAAAAAUAAAGAGAGCGUAAAUGAAUUAACAUCAUGAGUGACAGUUACCAAUCCAAUACCAAUUUUGUCUUUAUCUGUUUUUUGUAGUUCUGUAACUUUAGAGACAGUGAAAUAAAAAAGCAAAAGAAAAUCUCAAGUUCUAA